AUGAUUGUAAAGGCUGUCAACCACGAUGAUCUCUAUGUAGACGGCCAGUUCCAAAACUUAGAGGAUCUAAAAUCCAAGAUAUACCAAAGAUAUGGCAUCCCCAUAAACUCACAGCACAUAAUAUUUAAUGGCAAGUUUUAUGUUUUAGGAAUAUUCAAUGCUCCAUUGGAAACUUCCUCAGACACAUAUUCUAACCCUCUUGGAUACUUUGGACUUCCAGACAGUCUUUUCAACAAUCUUGCAUCCGACGGUAUAACACCCAGUGAAAUUAGGGCAUUCGCCUUUCCCCAUAAAGAGGACUUAAAUGAUGAAGAAAGCCCGAGCCUAUCCGAAGUUUUAGAUAUAAAAACUGUUGCAAAGCGGAUUCUUGAAGUUCAAUACAAUGAAAUUCAUGGAAUAUCGGAGAGUUUAAACGAAGAAGAAAAGGCUGCAAUUGUAAAAAACCCUGGCGAAUAUGUUGAGCUAGUUUUGAAGCACACUGGUGGUCUCCCUUUUCUUUAG